AUGAGCCUUGUUCUUUAUGAACUACUGCUGACUUUGGUUGUGAAGGUUGUGUUCUGUCAGCAGUUCUGGCCUUCUCUUUCCGCGGGGCCUCAAUUAGCCUUACGUUCACAAAGAGAUGCUGGUACCAACAUUAGCAUCGACCAGGUGUCACUCACAGGUGUUUAUCUCAACAAUGCUGCCAUCGCGGGUGACAAUAAUAACGGCAGUGAGGCACUUGACAUUUUUAGUCAUUUAUUAGGAGUGGGAGUUCAAUCUUACGUUAUAGAACUGAACAGCAGUGAUAAUAUGAACCUGAGCCUCUCAAAUUCGAACACAAGUUUUGGUUCGGUUUUAACAUCCCUGAAACAAUAUGUUGCUGAUAGUAACAAUGUCUUGAAUGCUAACAUGCUAGUAUUGUUGCUACGGCUUGCUCCUGCUGACACGAAGUCUAACUCAACUACACCCACCAACAACAUUACAGCAGAGCUGGAAUCAAACUUGGGACUUUCAACUCUAUAUACCCCACUGCAACUGGCCAGCGAUCGCGCAGCCGGUUUGACUCAGAACUACAAGGGGAAAGAUAGUAGCCAGGGCUGGCCGACCAUGGACUAUUUUCUUUACAGGCUUCAAAAGAGAGUUUUAGUGGCUUAUAUUGACUCCAAUACGUCAGCAAGGUUGCCGAGUGAAUAUGUUUUUGACAGUCAUAUUUUGAACUACGAAACAAACAACGCCACAAAUUCUUGCCCAUUAUAUCAAGAGUCCGGGCUUACUACUACCGCGAACGAAAGCUGGCGGUUUUUGGAAAGCCAGUUUCUUCCUAGCGACAUUCACGAAUACAUCAUGUGUGGUUACUCUCCAAUAGUAAGUAAUGAAUACACUAAGGACUCCAUAUCUUCCAUCUCAGGUCUGCUGCAAAACAGCUUGCUAUGGUCAUGGGCGUACAAUGAACCAAACACAUACGAGCCUGUGAAGAGCAACUCAACAUCGCUUGUAGCCCGUAGAUGUACGGUGGUCAAUUAUAUGGAGUCAAACUCCACGAGUAGUUGGGUGGUGGCCAAUUGUUAUGAUAAAAAGCGCUCUGUUUGCCGACAUAAAGACAAUGUAUUUGACUGGGUCAUUUCAAAAUUGAGUGAUGAUUACUUUUCGACUCAUGAGGAUAGUGAUAAUGACGUUUGUCCUACUAAUUAUACGCUUUCAUUCCCACAAACGCCGCUACAAGAAAUGGCCUUGAACAAUUACCUUCGUAAUUCUGCGUCAUCUGACCUCGAGGCAUGGAUAGAUCUCAAUUCAGUCUCUGUUCCUGACUGUUGGGUCCCUGGCGGACCUUAUGCGUCAUGUCCCUACCAAAAAGACGUUUCGGCCCGAAGUUUUGUUGGCAUUAUAACACCCGUUAGUGUAUUUUCAACAGCUACUAUUGUGCUGCUGAUCAUUCUCACCUGGCGCAAGGUGCCCAUUCAAGACAAUCGUAAACGUUGGAAAAAGGUCAUCCAUUUGCACUCAACUACAGAGACCGACGGGGUUCCUUCAUAA